GAUGCCCCAGAGUACAACUUUCAAGACCAGCUAAACAAGCGAAAUGUGUUGGAAACUAUCAUGCGUUUUACGGCGCAUGAGUGCGCCUUCUCGGAAACAAUCGGAGGAUGACGUGACAAAUAUCCUGAUAUUCGGGGUGACCGGCAUGACGGGAGGGGCCGUGGCGGAAGCGGCGCUGGGCUGUGCGUGGUUUAGAGUCAACGGGUUUACCCGCACGAUGCAGGGUGAGGCCUAUGAUGAGCUCGUCUCUAAAGGAGUGACGCUACACACAGGUGACAUGACAAAACCACUGACCAUCAAAGGAGCAAUGGAGAACAUAGACACGGUCUUUCUACAUACAACCUACUGGGAAACCAUGAGUGUGGACAUCGAGUAUCAGCAGGGCUUUAACGUCGUGAAUGCGGCAAUGCAGAGUAAAGUCAAACACUUGAUAUACAUAGGGGCUGAGUACUCCAGUCUAACAGCCAAAGAAAGAUGCAAGUAUUUUGAAGGAAAGGCAAUGGUAGAAAACUAUAUUGUCAAUGCAGGGAUCCCGUACACAAUAGUACAUCUUGGCUUUUGUUACGAGAAUUUACUCACUGUGUUCAAGCCACAUCAAACAACGAAAAACGAAUUUGCCGUUGCCUUGCCUAUGGGAGACGUCGGCCUAAACUGUGGAAGUAUCGUAGAUUUCGGGCACUGUAUUUCCAAAAUGGCGUUACGCACAGACUCCUACGUAUUUAAGACAAUAAAACUCUCCACCUCCUAUCUGACCGUCAACGACAUUGUAGAAAAGCUAAAUGCUUUUUUCCCGGACUUAAGGUUUUACAACCCAAAGAUACCCGUGGCGGCGUUUUACCAGUUCAUGUUUGACGGGGCCGAGGAGCUGGCCUCGAUGUUUGCCCACUACCGCACCCUCAGCGAAUGGGAUCACACGGUGGCCAUGGAGCUCAACUCUUACAACCGUUCAUUCGAGCAGUGGCUCAAGGACACAGAUAAGGUGUUCCUGGAGGUUUUAAUGGAGAAUCAGGAAACCUUUGCUACCAUUGAUUCCUUCCGCGGUGCUCAUGAAAUGGUGAAAAAGAAAAUAAUGGAUGUCAUGCCCUUCAACUUGUUCUUUAGCAGUCCGGUCUCUCUACCAGUCCCAAAAGUCGAGAAGGAAGCGUCUUUAGUAACUCAGGAGGAAAUACGGCACAAUAAAAGGUGUCGCGCCUUCUCGGAGGCCCACAAGCCGAAGAACUUGCUCAAAGACCAGCAUUUUGGUACCGACGUAUGAGGCGGCAUCUUCUUGUAAUCGCCAUGUUUGUCUUUGGAAUUGUUCUAGUUCUAUGCCAGCUUUAUGUUUCACAACUUUGACUAGAUUCAACUAUCUAUGUUAACAUAAAGACGUUAAGUAGAUUGGACUAUCUAUGUUAACAAAUUGACGUUUAAAUUGGACUAUCUGUGUUAACAAAUUGACGUUUAGAUUGGACUAUCUAUGUUAACAAAUUGACGUUUAGAUUGGACUAUCUAUGUUAACAUAGAGACGUUGAGUAGAUUGGACUAUCUAUGUUAACAAAGAGACGUUUAGAAUGGACUAUCUGUGUUAACAAAUUGACGUUUAGAUUGGACUAUGUUAACAAAAAGACGUUUAGAUUGGACUAUCUAUGUUAACAAGGUGACGUUUAGAUUGGACUAUCUAUGUUAACAAAGAGACAUUUAGAUUGGACUAUCUGUGUUAACAAAGAGACAUUUAGAAUGUACUAUCUAUGUUAACAAAGAGACAUUUAGAAUGUACUAUCUAUGUUA